AUGGCAUCGACUGGCCCGGCCUAUACAGAUGGUCUAUCAAAUACUGCGGUAACUCCAGCAGCAGCAGCAGCAGCAGCAGCAGCAACACAGCAGCAGCAGCAGCAGCAGCAGCACAUGCACUCGCAUCACCACACAAACAAUAGAAGCAGAAGCAGUGGCAGCAGCAGCACGUGCUGCAGCAGCAACAGCAGCAGUAGCAGCACGAGCAGCAGCCACAGCAGCAGCAGCAGCAGCAGCAGCAUAUGCAUCAGUAUUAGCAGAAACAGCAAUAGUAACAGCAGCACAAGCUGCAGCAGCAGCAGCAGCAGCAGCAGCAGCAGGAUUAGCACUAACCACACAUAUAGCAGCACUGGCAGCAGCAACAGCAGUAGCAGUAGCAGCACUAGCAGCGGAAUAGCACUAACCACACAUAUAGCAGCACUGGCAGCAGCAACAGCAGUAGCAGUAGCAGCACUAGCAGCGGCACUAGCAGCAACAGCAGCAGCAACAGCAGCAGCAGCAGUAGCAACAGCAGCAGCAACAGCAGCAGCUGCAGCACUAGCAGCAGCAGCAGCAGCAGCAGCAGCAGCAACAGCAGCAGCACAAAAACGGCUAUAA